AUGGGACACGAUGGAGUCAAGGUGAGGAGAGAGAAUAGGAGAAUGAGAGAGGAUAGAGAUAUGAAGGACAAGUUGGAGGGAGACCGAGGUAGUGGUGGUGGUUACCAAACUGAUAAAGGGGAUGUGGAGGCAGCAAGGGCUCAAGCCCCUACGGGUAUGGAUCGGCAGCGUUGGAAUGCUACUAUUGACUAUUUCUUAACAGAAAAACAUCAAAAACGAUCCGCUGGAAACAAAGAAUGUCGGAAGAAGCAAGUAGUGAAGAAUCGUGGAGGGACGUGCAACUACUAUGUAGGCUUGUUUCAAGAAAUAUUUCAUCGUGCGCUUGUGAAUAAAAAAGGGGAAUUUGUUGAUCAUUUCGUUGAAGAGCAAUAUAAUGUCUUAGUUGCUGAGGUUGCUCUACAGACUCAUCACAUAGCCGACUCUGGUGGUGAUCCAGACACUAUUGAUUGGAUCGCAAUAUUUGAGAAGGUGUUGGGUACACGAAGGAGGCAUGUGAGAGGCAUUGGGCCUAAACCUUCUUUAGCUGCGGGUACAAGUGCUUCAUCCCAAUGA